UGCCCUGCAUGCGGGUACGUCUCCCCGCGCAUUGCUGAUCUACGGCGCCACAUGAAGACGCACCAACCGCCCGAGGAAUGGGUAUGCUGCGGCUUGCCGGCUAAGUGGGUCCUCCCGGAAGGCGUGCAGCUCGAAAGCGUGGCGGGCACGUACUGGUACAAGGACGUACUCAUGAUCGGCGGCUGCAUGAACGGGUUCAGUCGGCGCGACUCGCUCGUUCGCCAUUUGCAGACUGGCGUCUGCCGUGGUGACGCCGAGGUGGUUCAUGCCAUCAACCAGGGCUGCGGCGCAUUGCUCGACAGUGAAGGAGUGCAGCCGUCGUUUGGACCCUUGUGAUGUGCAAAUCUACUCUCUCAAAAUAUCUGACCCUCGCAUUUUUGAAUAGACAUUUCAUCAUUUUCAUGUAUUGAACCCUCACAUGUGUCGACUGGAUCACCCUGUAUUAACAGUACCGAAGAUGCCUCGGAAGUACUCCAGGUAACCUGUCUAACCAUAGUACUAUCACGUCUGUUGUAAUAUCUCAUCAUCAGUGUUGUUAAUAAUAUUUCUGUGCUGAG